AUGCCCAAAAUCGUAUUUACAGACAGUCUAGCAGCUUAUUUGGCAGAGGUAAUCCUGUCACACCUGGCCCUAACCUGUGUUUUCCUUCUGGCCACGCUCGCUGCCGUCCGCUGGUACAUCAGAGAUUCCUACAAGGUUGAUGGUUUCAGCCAGAAACAUGUGCUCAUCACAGGCUGUGACAGCGGCUUUGGGAAUCUUCUGGCCAAACAGCUGGACCGAAAAGGUUUCCAAGUCAUGGCCGCCUGCCUCACAGAGAAAGGUGCCGCAGACUUGGCAGCGGCUGCCUCCCCCAGACUGAAGGCCUUCCUGCUGGAUGUUACGGACAGCGCGAGCAUCAGGAAGGCGGUGGAGUCUGUGAGCAGAGAGGUCGGAGAGCGAGGUCUGUGGGGUCUGGUGAAUAAUGCUGGAAGAGCGACACCCAUCGGCCCAACAGAAUGGAUGAAGUUAGAGGAUUUCUCAAAGGUUUUGGAUGUGAAUCUGCUAGGAGUGAUUGACGUGACCCUCCAGUUUCUGCCUCUCUUAAAGAAAGCUCGGGGCAGAGUGGUGAAUGUAGCCAGUAUUCUGGGACGACUGUCUCUCACUGGUGGAGGAUACUGCCUGUCCAAAUGGGGAGUGGAAGCCUUUUCUGACAGCCUCAGGAGGGACAUGCAGCACUUUGGUAUUAAUGUGAGCAUCAUCGAGCCCGGUUUCUUCAAGACUAACGUGACCCGCAUUGAUCUUAUUGACGCUGACCUGAGGAGGCUGUGGUCCCGUCUCCCUCAAGAUGUGAAAGACUCAUAUGGAGCUACAUACUUUGAUGAGUAUGUGAAAGCUCAGACCUUCUCCAUGGGACUCUUGUGCAGUCCGGAUAUCUCUAAGGUGACCAGGUGCAUGGAGCACGCGCUGACCGCUCGCUUCCCACGCACACGUUACGCAGCAGGCUGGGACGCAAAGCUUUUCUGGAUCCCUUUGUCCUACCUCCCUUCAUUCGUUGCAGACUUUAUAGUCACUGUGAUUCUCCCUUCUCCUAAACAAAACAUGUAA